AAACACCAUGUGUGUUUUGUGUAUAGAGAGUGGCGGUGGGUUUCAGCUUAAAAAAUUAAAACUUUAUUGAAGUUUUAUUACAAAUUCACAUUGUUUUGUGAACAGAGAGAAGUGGCGGUGGUGUUACUACUUUAAAAGUUAAAACUUUGAGUUUUAGUAUAUUUCAAAAGUGGUAGUAGAAAUUGAAUUUGUAAGGUGCAGACAACAUGGUACCCAUCGGAGCGGUGCAUGGCGGCCAUCCAGGAGUUCAUGCUCCACAGCCUAUUCCUCCUGCUGGCCCAAACACGUUGCAGUCAUCGCAGUCGGCUGGCAACACUUCGGCGUCCUCGAAUAAGUCGUCGUUGUCCAUCAAGCCCAAUUAUACAUUGAAAUUCACUUUGGCUGGUCACACCAAAGCUGUGUCAGCUGUGAAGUUCUCGCCAAAUGGCGAAUGGUUGGCUAGUUCAUCCGCAGACAAAUUGAUCAAGAUUUGGGGUGCUUACGAUGGUAAGUUUGAGAAAACCAUUUCUGGCCACAAGUUGGGCAUAUCUGAUGUGGCCUGGUCUUCCGAUUCGCGUCUUUUGGUCAGUGGCAGUGACGACAAAACUCUGAAGGUGUGGGAGCUGAGCUCCGGCAAGUGCUUGAAAACACUGAAGGGGCACAGCAAUUAUGUGUUCUGCUGUAAUUUCAACCCGCAAUCCAAUCUCAUAGUAUCCGGAAGUUUUGAUGAAUCAGUACGCAUCUGGGAUGUUAGAACCGGCAAAUGUUUGAAAACUUUGCCCGCCCACUCGGAUCCAGUGUCUGCUGUACAUUUCAAUCGUGAUGGUUCAUUAAUUGUCAGCUCCAGCUAUGAUGGUUUAUGUCGCAUUUGGGAUACGGCCAGUGGCCAGUGCUUGAAGACCCUUAUAGACGACGACAAUCCACCAGUCAGCUUCGUUAAGUUCUCACCCAAUGGCAAAUACAUAUUGGCCGCUACACUUGACAACACAUUGAAAUUGUGGGACUACUCAAAGGGCAAAUGCUUAAAAACAUAUACGGGACACAAAAAUGAAAAGUAUUGUAUAUUUGCCAACUUUUCUGUAACGGGAGGAAAGUGGAUUGUUUCGGGCAGUGAGGAUAAUAUGGUUUACAUAUGGAAUUUACAAUCAAAAGAGGUGGUCCAAAAGCUGCAAGGUCAUACGGAUACCGUGCUAUGCACCGCCUGUCAUCCGACAGAGAAUAUUAUCGCAUCGGCCGCCUUGGAAAAUGACAAAACCAUAAAAUUGUGGAAAAGCGAUACAUAAUUUUAUAAGAAUAUUAUCAACAACAUCAA